GAAAUCCACAUUUCAGAUUUCCUCCGAGUCCGAAAAAACAAAUAUUUGGAAUAUCUUUAAUUAUCUGCGAACACGAUACCUUAGAAACGCUUGGAGCUUUAAGAAUGAAAUUUAGUGUUGGUCUAUAAGCAAAAUUUGUAGAUUACCGUCAAAUGUGGAACGAAAUGCAUUCAAGGAUGUUGCCUGUCCAAAUGCAUUUGAAUACGAUAAGUACAAAACGUUAGAAGUUGGAUAGAUUGCCCAUAGUUGUAACACCUGAAGCAUAGAAUCAUAUCUUAUUCUGAGCCAAACCCGUUAAGCUAGGCAAACAUCAAUGGAGCUUUAGUUCCUGAAGCUGCACUUUUAUCUGUCAUUCAUAAAGGACUGCAAUUUUGAAGCUGAAAGAAGGAUAGCUAAUUAUAAUAAUAUGGAUGUUGAUGGCAUGGAAGGCUUUGAAAUUCCUAGUUUUGCGACUUCAAUCUUAAGGGGUCAUGAAUCAGAUGCUUAUGUUUGUGCUUGGAAUCCUGUUUCUGAUUUGCUUGCAUCUGGUUCUGGUGAUUCAACUGUAAGAAUAUGGAACAUGAAUGAGGAUGCAAUUGCAAAUAAUGUGAACCAGUUGAUUCUCAAACACUACUUUCCAAUAGCGGACUCUAAAUCUCUAAGCGGUAAUGAUAUUACAUCAUUGGAUUGGAAUUCUGAUGGAACCCUACUUGUAGUUGGAUCCUAUGAUGGUUUAGCAAGAAUAUGGACAACAGAUGGCUGUUUAGUCCGUACUUUAGGACAGCAUAAAGGACCAAUUUUUGCUGUAAAAUGGAAUAAAAAAGGAAAUUAUGUUCUGAGUGCUGGUGUGGAUCAGGUCAUCAUGUGGGAAGUAGCCACUGGGCAGUGUGCCCAAAAAUUUGGAUUUCACAAAGCUCCUGUACUGGAUGUUGAUUGGCGAACCAAUUUCGUGUUUGCUUCUUGCUCAACAAGUCACAAUAUUCAUGUUUGCAAGUUGGGUGUGGAUAAACCAUUAAGGACUUUUACUGGUCAUACGAAUGAAGUUAAUUGUGUUAGAUGGGAUCCACAAGGUGCGAUAUUAGCAUCAUGCUCUGAUGAUGCAAUAGUGAAGAUUUGGAAUAUGAAACAAAAAACAAGUGUGCUUGAUCUAAUAGCUCACAACCAGGAAAUUUAUUCAAUAAAGUGGAGUCCUACAGGACCUGGUACUAACAAUCCAAAUAUGAAUCUCACCCUAGCCAGUGCUUCAUUUGAUUCAACUGUUCGCUUGUGGGAAGUAGAGAGAGGAGCAUGCCUGUACACAUUGACAAAGCAUACAGAACCUGUUUAUAGUGUUGCAUAUAGCCCAGAUGGCAAAUAUUUGGCGAGUGGUUCUUUUGAUAAAUUUAUUUAUAUAUGGUCCACACAGACUGGUACUUUGCUCUAUAAGUACAAAACUACAGGUGGAAUAUUUGAAAUGUGUUGGAAUUCUCGAGGUGAUAAAGUUGGUGCCAGUACUUCUGAUGGAAGUGUGUUUGUAUUGGACUUCCGAAGGCUGGCUCAAGAUCAGUGGAUUUUUGGUGUACGAAACUAAUUUUAUUUCUCUCAUCUUUAGAUCUUAUUGAACUCAUUAGCAUUCCCAGAAUAGUUAUAGUGCCCAUCUGAUCUUAUUCCUAUUUAUUUCAAUUUACGAUUGGUGGCAUAUGUUUAAGAAAAAUGUGUGAAUGCUGAUUUUAUGUACAGAAAGUUAAUUGUGGAAUUUGAAUUAUGUUUAAUACUGUUCAUCUCAUAAUUUAAACAAAUAAAUGUUCAUAAUGUUUUCAAAAACAAUUUAAAUUGUGUGGUCAUUUCAUAGAUAUUAGCUAUAAGAAUUAAAUACAUGUUCAUUUUAUAGUUUAGAUAGAAAUCUGCUGGAGCUUUUGAUCUCCACUUGUUUUCCAAUCAAGAUCUCCAUUUUUUACUAAAGUCAUCAUUUCAUCAAAUCUUGAGUUUGAAUCUUUUGAUGACUGUAGUACUUUCUUUAUAUUAUUUGUUUGUGUAAGAAGCAUUAAUAAACCAUAUUUGCUAAGUUUUUUCAUUUGAAGGUUCUAGCCAUAUUAACAUUGAUUAAAAAU